GUUAAGAGCAUCAGACACCAAGUGAAACCGAGAGAGAGAGAGAGAGAGAGAGAGAGAGAGAGAGAGAGAGCACCACGCAAGCGCGUGAAGAAGAGAUUGGACACCUGAUUUCGUGGGGUGUCUUUAGAGCGCUAUUUCACAUUUUAAGUCGGAACAGUCCGUGUUUUUGAAGGCCCCUCGCGGUGCGGCGGGGCAGAUAUCCCGUGGAUUAUUAUCAGCAUGGACAAAUGGGGAAAAGAGGACAGAUCACUGCGUUGACUUGUGAAGCAACGCGCAGAGUCUUGACGCUAUAGCGUUACGCAUUUAUUUUACUGUGAGUGCUUUUUUUCCCCUCGCCCCCCCAGUUUGAAUUAUACUCGCCGCUGCAUCUCAACAUUAUAAAAGUCAAUCAUCUGUGGAUAAGGAACAGAGCAGGGUGUUGUCAGAGAGGGAUGAGAGGAGGAGGGGGGCACUAUGAGGUGUGCUUUUUUUGGAAAAGCCGGAGAAAGACGGACACCGAGAAGGUGUACUGAUGUGCGAAGCCCUGCGACGCGUUGCCCUCCUGAGAAAAUAAUCGCGAUCAGGGAAGAAAUGGCCUAGUUAAAACAUCAUCGACACACCGACAGAGGAUAGAAGAGAAGAAUCGCGUUUAGAUGGACGGGCCAUCAUCAUCGUCAUCAUCAUAAUUCCGGUGCUCGCGUCGAGUCUUUUAGGUGUAAUUGGCUCACUGACUGCAGCUCUGGACCCAUCAGGAGUUCCAAAGAGGAUGAUGGAUGAGACCACAGAGUCCACCUGAGAAUGCUACCUGACCCUCUGCCUCACCAUGUCACCCUAGGAAAACGGUUAACCUGUCCCUUUCCACACACCCUCUUUUUUGCCUUUGUUAUCUCCCAUAACCCACUGAGUUUGUGAUCCCUGUCUACACCCAGCUGAAGUCCUAGUGAUAUGACUAAAAGAGCCUUUAUUUUGGACAUGUUGUUUUUUCCUUUUAAUGCUGCCAGCCACCAAGGCUAUGGUGGGAAACAUCAUUAUACUUCUCGGCAGAUUGCUAAUCACUGUCUGGUGUGGCUCUUGGGACUAGUGCUACACCUGACCCUGUCCUCAUGUCAGCGCGUUGACCUGAAACACCCCAUAGUAUCCACAGGCUAUGGGAAGGUCCGUGGUAUCAGGAAGGAGCUCAGCAAUGAGAUCCUGGGCCCCGUGGAACAGUACUUAGGUGUGCCAUAUGCCACUGCACCUAUCGGCGAGCGUCGCUUCCAGCCUCCUGAAGCUCCGGGCUCCUGGCAAGAGAUCCGCAAUGCCACCCAUUUUGCACCCGUGUGUCCCCAGAACGUGCACGGGGUUUUACCUGAGAUCAUGCUGCCAGUGUGGUUCACAGACAACCUGGAUGCUGCAGCCACCUAUGUUCAGAACCAGAGCGAAGACUGCCUUUACCUCAACAUUUACGUACCCACUGAAGAUGGUCCGCUCACAAAAAAACAUGAUGAUUCUACAAUGAACAGACCAAGGGAUGAAGAUAUUCGGGAUCGUCGUAAGAAGCCGGUCAUGCUGUUCAUCCACGGGGGCUCCUACAUGGAGGGCUCAGGGAACAUGUUCGAUGGCAGCGUCCUUGCCGCCUAUGGGAAUGUCAUUGUUGUCACCAUGAACUAUCGCCUCGGUGUGCUCGGGUUUCUGAGCACAGGGGACCAGUCUGCUAAGGGGAACUAUGGCUUGUUGGACCAGAUCCAAGCCCUGCGCUGGCUCAAUGAAAACAUUGGCCACUUUGGAGGAGACCCAGAGAGAAUCACCAUCUUUGGCUCUGGAGCUGGUGCCGCCUGUGUGAACCUUCUCAUCCUCUCCCACCACUCUGAGGGCCUGUUCCAGAGGGCCAUCGCUCAGAGUGGCUCAGCCAUCUCCAGCUGGUCGGUCAACUACCGACCGCUCAUGUACACAAAGAUCCUGGCGAGGAAGGUCGGCUGCACUCUGGGGGACAUGGCUGAGUUGGUGGACUGCCUGCGGAGAAAGAGUUUCCGGGAGCUAGUGGACCAAGACAUCCAGCCUGCACGCUAUCACAUCGCCUUCGGACCUGUGGUGGACGGGGACGUGGUGCCAGACGACCCAGAGAUCCUCAUGCAGCAGGGCGAGUUCCUCAACUACGACAUAUUGCUGGGUGUCAACCAAGGAGAGGGCCUGAAGUUUGUCGAUGACAGUGAAGGAGAAGAUGGAAUAUCAGCAGCAUCAUUCGACUACACCAUCUCCAACUUUGUGGAUAAUCUCUAUGGAUACCCUGACGGUAAAGACAUCCUGAGGGAAACCAUAAAAUUCAUGUACACAGACUGGGCUGACAGGGACAACAGUGACAUGCGUAGGAAGACCCUCCUGGCUCUGUUUACGGACCAUCAGUGGGUGGCCCCGGCUGUCGCCACUGCCAAGCUGCACGCCGAGUUCCAGUCACCCGUCUACUUCUAUACCUUCCACCAUCACUGUCAGACCGAGGCGAGGCCAGACUGGGCAGACGCAGCCCAUGGAGAUGAGAUCCCCUAUGUGUUUGGAAUUCCCAUGGUGGGAGCCACUGACCUCUUCCCCUGUAACUUCUCCAAGAAUGAUGUCAUGCUCAGUGCUGUAGUCAUGACAUACUGGACCAACUUUGCCAAGACAGGCGAUCCUAACCUACCAGUUCCUCAGGACACCACUUUCAUCCAUACCAAGCCAAACCGCUUUGAGGAGGUCAUCUGGACCAAGUUCAGCUCCAAAGACAAGCAGUACUUGCAUAUCGGCCUGAAGCCUCGCGUCAGAGACAACUACCGGGCGAACAAGGUGGCCUUCUGGCUGGAGCUGGUGCCACAUCUCCAUAGUCUCCACGAGGAAAUCAUUAGCACCUUCACAACUCGACUGCCGCCCAACCGGUGGAAGGGCCCUCACAACCCUGGUACCCGCUCCACGCGACACCCUGUAAUCUCCACCUAUCCUCCCGAUCCUGAUCCCGAUAGCUCGGAGAGACCCCGUUAUUCUCCCUUCCCCGACGAGACUAGGGACUAUUCCACCGAGCUGAGCGUGACGGUAGCUGUGGGCGCCUCGCUUCUUUUCCUGAAUGUGCUGGCCUUUGCUGCGCUUUACUACAAACGGGAUAAGCGCCACGAACUCAUGCAGAGACGCCAUCGCCGGCUCUCCCCGCAGCGAGGCACGACGAUGGGCAUGGGCGUCGGCAUGGGAGUAGUAGGGGCCCCGCCGCACAAUGACCUGGCUCUGAGCCAGGAGGAGGAGCUAAUGUCGCUGCAGAUGAAACAGCAAAGAGUGGAGCUGGAGCACGGCACGCCCCUCCCGUCCCGCGGCGUCCAUGGUGACCUGGAGCCUCUGCGACCUCCCGUGUGCCCGCCUGACUACACGCUGGCCCUGCGGCGAGCGCCGGAGGACGUGCCGCUGAUGACAGCCAAUACCAUCACCAUGAUCCCCAGCACCAUCAGCAGCAUGCAGCCCCUCCACCCCUUCAACACUUAUCCCCCGGUCCCGGCCCCCUCCACUACACCUGUCCCCAGCCACAGCAACAAUGCCCUGCCACACCAACACUCCACCACCCGUGUAUAGGACCAGGCACAACCUCUGCUACCCUGCUCUGGGCUUACAGAGACACACCACACAAACUGCUCCAUACAAACGUCACUCUCACCGUCUUCUCUUCUUUACUAUAUCUUUGUCUUUUCUCAUUAAGCCCUCAAAUAAAGCUGCAGUUUGUAAGAUUUUAAGCAGUGAAAUACCUCUAAAAUGUAAUCACAAAUCAAGGAGUUAAAAAAAGCUCCUUUGCCAAAAGCCUGUCAUCAUAGGUACAUACCGUUUCGCCCCGUUAAAGCUCUUUCAAUAUCUGGUGCUUAGGUGAGCCACCAAAAAUGCAGCUUUAAGCUUGCAGCUCUCUCUCAAAGAGGCGUCGAGCUAAUCACGAUCAGUCAGGCAUCUUAUGUGUAGCUUGGUUGUUUUGCGCAUGUGUUGUUGUAUCAGUGUAAAACUAAGUUUAACAUAGAAUACAAAUACUCAUUUUCAUUCAUUUAGUGAAAAGGCAUUACAGUAGCAAGCAGCUCUGUAUGAGGCGACAUAUGCUCCAACAAGCUGUCUGUCAUAAAGCGGUGAUUUCUUGAAACUUACAAAUUGCAGCUUUAAAGGCCCAAUCUGGAAGUGAAGUUUGGCACCCUGUGUUGAACACUAUGUCCCAACAGCUGUCUCAGUGUUCGGAUUUUGGAGAAUUUUGUUUAGUGUGAAAUGUAUUGACAGGGCCGGGAGUACAGGGAUGACAGCUGAGCAUGAGUUUUUCAUUCGUUUGAAAGCUUAAUUUCUUCUAUUUACAAAUGUGUGUACCUGUUUUCAGUUAUUAUACGACCUAAAUGCCAUCAAAAGUUCUGCUUUUUAAAAAUCUGUAUACUCAGAACUGAUGCUUUCAAAAACAUUUCCAGAUUGGGGCUUCAACUGAUGGGUGGUACAGGAAAAUAACUGAAUCAUACUCAGUCUGUGGGAUGCAACCUGGAAUCCAGGCUGCCCAUUAGAACUCGCUGCAUCUCUGCCACACAGGCUCUAAUCAUGUCCAUUACUUUAUUUGUUUCUCACUCAUUAUCUCUCUGUCUGUAUCCCCAUCUCAGCUCAUUUAACUGCUUCUCUCUUUUCGCUGCCUCACACUCUCACCCUCUCUCUCUCUCUCUCUCUCUUUCUCUCUCUCUGCAUCUUUCCAUGUAGCUCUUUUUAUUAAACCGUUGACAUAAUCCAUUUUCAUCUCCACUCCUUUCCUCUUUCACACAAUCACUUCUAGACUCUUUUUUCCUUUUGGAGUCUUUUAUACAAAAACACAAAUGUAAAUGAUGUAUUAUUAAUAAAUUGUAAGGAUAUGAAUGAAAAAAAAAAGAUAUUCUGAUAUCUCGUUUUUACCAGCAUUCUUGGUGCCAAGUACUGUGAUAAAGUUCCUCUUUCACUGGCGUCCAGUGGACCGCCUGGAGAGGUCCAUCCUGACUGUAUCUUACAAAAAGGAAUUACCAUCAUAAAAAGUGCCAACCCCCUUCAUCCUUUCUUUUUGAUCCACACACUUUUUCUUCUUCUUCUUCUUUUUUUUUUCUUUUUUUGGAAUUACACUCAAUGUUGCACUGUGGCUGGUCUCUUCUUUAAAGGGAAAUCAGAUCAAAUCAAUAUAUCCUCGUUUAAAAAAAGAAGAAUAUAAAGUUUUAUUAACUACUUUGCUGUCUGGGAUAUUUGCAUGAUGUUUUUCUUUCUCCUACAGAGUGUGGACAGAGAAGUUUGUUUGUCAUUUUGAUGAUUUGCCUUGUUCUUCAUUGAUUUUUUUUAUUUUGAAAAUCAUUUUCAUUUUCUAUUUUAAUAUCAACUGCACUUUGUGGUACUUCAAAAGGUAUAAAAGUAUUAAGAGAUGAAUAUUGUGUAAAACUAUGAUUAUAACAAAGAGAGUAAAUAUUUCCUCUUUAUUUUUUUCAUUUCCUAACACUGAGGCUGUGCCGCAAAACCACCAGACAGACUGACGAAAGCCUUUUUUUCUUUCCCUCCCCUCUUUUUAUUUUUUUUUGCUGUUUCUCUGUCAAGUUUGCACAGUCACUGUCUCUCAAUCUCACCUGAAGAUAGCACUUUUUUAAGUUACAAAAAAAAGAGAAACUUUACAUAAAUAGUCUAAAUAAGGUUUUUGUCUGUGACUGACAUAAACCACAUGCUUCAAGUGUUUGAAGACUGCCUGACAGUUAUCUUUUCAUCUGCUCUUUUGUUGUUUCAUGAUUCUCCCUUCUGCAAGGCGGGAGAAAAAGGAUGAGAUAUAUAUUUAUGACGGUGAAAAGGUGAGAAAGCCUUGUACGCGCGUUUCACAUCUUUCGCACAAUUGAACACAGAGACGGGUCACACUCUGGACAAUUCUGAAAAAAAAAACCCUGGUGACAUUAGGACAACACUGGACAAAUGCCAACGGUGAUUCAAUGGUGAUGGCGAAAUAGCUUGUCAGCUACAGUAUGAUCUGUCAAUGCACAGAGGAUGCAUUCUAAAAAAAAAAAAAAAACCCUGAUUAAAAAAAAUCUUUAAUGACAGACAUUACUCAUACACCAUAUACCACAAAAGCAAGGCAGGCGGGAUUAAUUCCCCCCUCCUUGUAAUGUUCUGUAUCCUGUCUGCUUAGGAUAACGACACUCUGGAGCCAGACUGCCAUCCCUCACACUGGACUGGAGCGAGUCGCAAGGACAAAAAGAACAAAAACCAACACAUGAAACAAACUGUACAUUUUUUAAGUGUAAGAGAACAAAACUGGAAUUUGUAAAUAUUAUGUUUGUCGUUUGGUUUGAGUGAUUGGCCGGAAUCUUUUCUUUGUGACAACAGGUGCAAGUUUAGAUGACUUACAUGAUUUUAGCACUCAUGCGUAUGUUUGAUUCUCCUUUGUUUCCUAGAUCUCGAAGGACGAAUUCCCAUAGGUUAUGGGCACAUGAAUACAUCUGUUAGCAUACAUGAAUGAUUUUUAAAAUAAAAACCACAGCAUGGUUGAGGUGAACAUAAACACGACAAAGGAAUGCUUACGGCUCAGGUUAGCCUAGAUAUGAUGGUGAUUAAAAAAUGCUCUUACUGCAUAUAUGGCUGUCUAAAGCAUACCGUACACAACUGACACCACCCUAUCAGUCAAGAAGAAAGCUUUUGAGUGAAAUGAGCCCUUUUAUUGGUUAAGAAGCCAAAGAACUGCUGCAGACAACAGAUGAAGGAAGGGCAAAUAGGCAUCAUUUGAGGUCAUUCAAGUUAUACUUGUGAUGCUGGUGGAUUUAAUUGUUAGUGUCUCGGCCAUUGUCAUACAGUAUAACCCGUAACUGGGAGGUUGUAAAAUCCUUUGUACUCUUUUGGUCUUAUUUCAGACUCUAAUCAUGGUGGUUGUUUUGCUACCUUUUGCAAUUUUGUCUGCACAUUCUGUUAAUGGGAUUAUUGACCCAGCUAUUUGAUGUAAGUUUAAGUUGGCCAUGCUUUCAAAAACAGUAUUACAAAUACAAUUGUUUUUUUCUCUUUUCUUUGGUUCUUUUUAAAAAAAAAUAAAUUAAAAUUUUAUUUUGGAAAUAUGGGUUUGGGCAGCCAACAGAUAAAGGAAGCACACUCACCAAGUUUACAUGUUUACACUACAGUUUUGAUGUUGGCUUAACGUAAGGGACAAAAGAAAAAAGCAUUACAAGAAUCCAGAUAUCUUCUUAUUACAACAUUUAACGCUGGGAGGGUAAAGCGAAGGCUUGCACCUGUUUGUCUAUUUCAUUUAGUCUGAUUCAGUAACCUGCUUGAAGCUCAAGAUACUGUGAGAGAGCAUAAAUGACCAGAAGGGGUUGAAAGAAUUAAAGUUAAUAUUUCUAUUUCAAAUAGAGGCUAUUACACACUGUAUGUUGUGUAUAUGAACUGGAAAACAUUAAAAGACAUUCUUAAACAAAUGAUUUGCCAUUACUGUUUUUCAGUUUUGUCACAUGGUUAGAUCUAAUAUUGAUGUUGUUUUACAUUCGGCCACUUGGGGGCAGUAGAGCAAGUAGGAAGACACAGCAAGCGCCUCUAACCCUGCUAUGGUUAACUUAAAGCCAGUUUGGCUAACCUUUUAGCAGACAGUUGUUUAUUAAAGAAACAAGCAGAUAUGGAGCAGUGCAGCUUUAAUGCAGAGUCGCGUUUCUGGCCACCUGCUGAGUGUAAGUCAAAUAUUCACAUAUCUUUCAGUUCUGGUUUGCUUUAUUCCAAGUCCAGAGGAAAAUAGUCAGAUUCUAUAUUCAACUUGUCUCACCAGCUAGGUAGCUUAGUUGCUACUUCGUGGAAUUGCUAUCCAAUAGCAAACAGAACUUUUUUUUUUUCUUAAACUACUUCUCGCUGUUGUUAGAAACAGGACUAGGAAUGAAUAAAGGAAUGAAUAAACACAAAGUUACAGUUAUUUUGUUGGGUGUUCAUAUAAAAAAAAAGUUAAUGUUUAAAAAGCUUAUAUGGCUAGCUUCAAAGUUAAUUGGCAGUUCUUUGUGGGUCUGGUACUAAGCGCAACUGCUUUCAAAUUACAAUAAUCAUUUCAUUACUUGUCAGUAUUAGAAUAUUUAAUAUUAGCUUGAAAGACAUUAUGAUUUUGUUGUUGUUUUAAGAAAUAUGUAACUGAUGUGACUGUCAAGAUAGAGCAGCUAAUACCAACAGCAAGACAUAUAGAGCGAGGCUGCUUUACAAACGGCUCAGUGAGCCCAGAUUAUGAAUAAGUCAUGACCACUGAUUUAAAUUGAAACUACUGUGAUGGCAACUAUGCCAAACUUUUUUGUUAUAUCAGGCAGUUGCUGCCCAGCAUCUGUUGUGGUAUGCAUCACAAAAUGUAUUUUCCAAAAGCAACACACAAACUGACUGUCAUUCUGUAAGAUCUUUAAGUUAUUUCAAAAAUUUUAAUUUCAAAACCUAAAACAACUUGGCAGCAUCAGUCUUAUUAGGGAAACCAUCCUCUGAUCUGUGUUUAUGCAGCUGUUGACACAAUAAAUCAGCAUUACAGCAAAUAUACUGGAACAAACUGAUGUACUGGUCCUGUUGGGGAGAAAAAUACUAAAGUACGGCCAUCCAUUCGGUCAAGCCUUGACGUAGAAAUAACUAAAUACUGCCACAGAUAAAAUUUUAUAAAAAAAUUUGGACACGCCUUGGCAAAUUACAUAGUUUGUUGCUUUUAAAAAAGAAGUGAAUACAAUCCAUGAAGCAAAGUUAUAUGAAAAAUGAGCCCUUCUUCAAAUGUGAACGCACAGUCACUUUUUUUGUCGUAACUUUAAAAAUGGAAAAAAUUAAACUAAUUACACCACGUGCAAAAUUCUGGGCUCCCCUCUACUUGUUAAAUACUCAGAACUACUCAUUAGGCCUUAAUUGACUCAUUAGGACUUGUAAGGCAGGUCAAAAAUUGUCAUUUGAAGUUGUCAGCUGAUGACAGUUCAGAGCUUAAUGAAUUCUCUGACUCCUCUAACCUUGUGCUAACUCUUAACAAACAUGUGCUCCUCUAAGCAACAGGAUGUGAAAAUGGAGCUAAUUGAUGCCUACAAAGGAGGCUAUAAAAAGAUAUCAGAGUGCUUCCAGCCUGCAGUUUCCACUGUCUGAAAUGUCAUUAUGAAAUGGCAGAUAAGGGGACCUGUGGAAGUAAAGACAAGAGCUAGAACAUCAAGAAAGCAGAUAACUCUGUACGGUGAGAAAGAAGGAAAAGCAAAACCCCUAUAUGAGUGGGAAGGAACUGCAAGAAGGUUUAGCUGAUACAGGAGUGAUGGAGUAUCAUUUCACUGUGCACUGCUGAUGAAUAAAUUGGGUCUACAUGCAAGAGAUCCCAUCACAUAAGUUAAUAUCUGAAGGCUGAAAAGCAACACCUGGAUUAGCCAGAGUCAUUUUGGAAACAAGUGCUGUGAGAUGAAGUCACUUAGACUUUAGGGAUGAAGCUAGGUUUAGGUUAAAGUAAAAGGAAAUAUGUCAGAAGAGGGAAACCAAUUUCACUCCCAAGCUUUGGAAUCUAGCACAAACUCCACACACAGGUGAGGUAUAUUUGGGGUAAAAAAAAAAAAAAAAAGUAGCAGCAUUUAAUGAAAAGAACACCUCGCCAACUGUUAAGCGUGGGGGUUUAAAUAUUCUGCUUUGGGUGGUAGCCAGUCACACACGAAACAUCGCACAGAUAGAGGGAGGAAUGGACUCCACUAAAUAUCAGCAAAUUCUGUCUGCAAAUGUCACAUAGUCAGUCAUGAAAGUGAGAAGAGGCUGAACUUGCAACAGGACAAUGAUCCAAUCCAUCAUGAAUUACAUCAAGAGACACAAGCCGAAGCUUUUGGAAAGACUCUCACAGUCCCCUCAGCUUCAAAAAUUAACAGAAUAUGUAAUUUGCUACAAGGUGACCAAACUUUAGAAUAUGUAUUUGUUUCUGUGUUAUCACUGCUAAAUGACUCCUUUUUUUUUUUUACUGUCAGUGUUUAUCCUGAUCAAUUGAUCAGUCUUUCUCUGAUUACAUCUUUUUUACACAGGUAGAUGACAGAUAAUUACCUUGGCAAAACAACAAAGAUCUAUUAUCUCAAUAAGCACUUUUGUUACAUGCAUUGCAGAAGGUGUUAUUAUGUAUCCAAUAGUUAUAGUCUAUAGUUUUUGAUAGUUCUUCAUAUCUGAAAUAUCAGAUUCAUACUUUUGGUUUAGAAUAACUGGCUUGAAUUAUUGCUGCAGAAAGAAGCAGGUCAUUAGUCUCUAGUCUAAUAACUUUUGUGACUGAUGUGGACUGUAUUAAUCAUCAUCAUCUUUGUUAUAACCUCAGCAGAUUCAUUAUAUAGAUGUGCUUGAGAUGCAGUAUUGUUUAGAUGACAGAUGCACAUUUUAAUGUCAUAGAAUUUUUUUUUUCUGCACUCAACCCAAUUACCUCUACAGAUAAUAAUACUCUGUUGGUUUCCCUGUGAGCUGUCAUCACAGAAGAUACUAUUCCCUCACUAGAUGGCAGUGUGCAGCUAUAAUGUAUAGAAAAGGCCAGGCUGCUGCAUUAGAGAAUGACUGCUUCUAACCCAAAUGAACCAGCCUCCAUUAAAAAAAAAAAAAAGAAAGACCAGGAGGAUGGCAGAUAACGCUCUUAAGAAAGCAAACAUCUUCCUCUUUGGAACUACAAAUAGAAAAGUUAUUCUCAAAAACUUUAAAGAAGAUACUGCCAGCAACACGAUACCAAAAACCACUUUGUGAAAUGUGAAAAGUCAAAUAUACCUUAUGAUAUGCCAUUCAAAUAUGUAAUUGUUGAACAUAUGUAAUUUUUCAUUGGAUACCCAAAUGUUAUUCUCACUUUUCAAUAAUAAAAUUUAGAUGGUAAGUUU